AAGUAAUGAAAUUUUAUAUGCUAAUAAGCUGGGUUAAAUUACCGAAGGGAGUUUGAAGUGCUGCUAAAUUGUCAGCUAGUUUCCUUUUGAGAAAAACAAAGACAUUGAUUGGAAAAGGAAGUGACAACAAGGGAACGAUGAGUUCAUUGCUUUUGGCUGCUGUGUUUCUGUUUGCUCCAAUAGGCGUUUUGUCAGGGUCGGCCGUAGAUUCACAAGUGAUUGCGAAAAGGCAAGUUGGCCAUGUCUCAGUCGAAACCGUGGAGAUGAACAGUGCACAGGCAAAAUUCGGAUCCACUUUCAACGUCUACGGAUUUACUGGAGUGCUGUUGGUUGCCCAGCCGCUGAACGCCUGCACACCAUUAUCAACGCCGUCUUCAGAUGUCGUAAUCAGCGUCCCCAUGUUUGUCCUGAUUGAACAGGGAGAGUGUGAGUUCGAGACUAAGGUUUACCAUGCACAACAGGCUCAAUUCAGUGCCGCUAUAAUAUACAACGAUGAGGACGAUACAAUAAUUCAAAUGGAUUCAACUGGAAUGUACGACGUCUCAAUUCCCUCUGUGUUUGUGGGCAAAAGCGACGGAAUCAAUUUAAAAGAAAACUUCACCUUGGUUUUCAACCGAAACAUAUAUGCUGUAGAUUUAUAUUGGAAUGUGAAUACGGAAGUCACUAUAAAAGGCGAAUUUCUGAUCCCACUGAAGCUGUACUUGAUCCCCUUUGUUAUAAUAGUGGGCGUGUGUUUCAUCAUCAUGCUCCUAUUCGUCCUCGUCAAACUCGUUCGAGAUCACAGGGCGAAGCUGAAGAACAGACUGUCUCGGAGGGGUCUGAGGAAGUUGCCAACUAGGAAGUGGAAGAAGGGAGACGUCGAGUGUCUUCAGUGGGAGUCAUGUGCCAUCUGUCUAGACGACUACGAAGAUGGUCACAAGCUAAGACUGUUGCCAUGUAAACAUGCGUUUCACUGCAAAUGCAUUGACCCAUGGCUGACAGAAACGAGAAGAGUUUGCCCGCUUUGCAAGCAGAGAAUAACUCCUAAGGGAGAGAUAGAAGAACCGACGCCUCCCCCGACCCCGAAUGAGGCGGUGACAGAAGCUGAAGAUAGAGACAACGAUGAUGAACAAACGGAUAGUAGCAUCAGUCAGGAUGAUGUGUUACGUAACAAUGAACAUGAUGUGGAGACAUCGAACUCAAACUCAAGGUUUGCUGCUAGUGUCGCAGGUGGGUUCCGAACUCCGCGAAACUUACCCUUCAACUCAACGUCGUCUUCGGAACCGGACGAAGAGGAGCAGGACGGUGAAGCCGAGUCCCACCCUGACGACUGUCCGCUGAUAGAUGUGCGCGACCGAUCGCGAAACCGAAUGGGGUUCAACUCGGUCCCGAAUGCGGUGUCAGAUCCAGAGAGCAAUGACUCGGCGUCUGAAAGAGGAAGUCGCAUAUCGAGGCUGCUCAAUAUUUUCAAUCGACGCACGUAUAACAGGCAAACAACUGCUGUAAUGGUUGAGAACGACGAGGAAUCGAACACGAACGAAGUUCUUCAAUCAUCAGCUGGCACCGACUCGCAACAACAGCCUCCGAGGAGUUUAUUGGAACGCGAAAACAGACUGACUCGAGCUUUGAACCAUCAAGCACCCGAAGAUGCCGAUGAUGUCAUGUUGAUUCUUAACAGACCUGCGAAUGAGGUGGCAGCAGAUUGGGGUAGUAGUGGGGGCGAAAACAGGAGGAGGUCGAGGGGCGGCAGUGAGAACAGUGAAACGUGUUCGACUACGUCUUCAGCGUCGCUAUCGUUCGCCAACCCUUCGUAUCCCAACACAAGGACUAGUUCUGAAAACCGAAAGGUCAAGGGGAAGAAGUUGAAGAAAGUCAGCCUACAGUCCGAAGACGUAGCCAGCCUGACUCAAAUAUCAAACUCUCCUCUUUCGCGCUACAACGAUGCCUCAGGCUCGCAUGAGUCGUCGGGAUCUUUCUCGUCUCAGGGUUCCCGAUCCUAUUUCCCCGCCUCGGGAAAAGUUGGAGGUGAAUCGGCGUCGUUGAACCGAAGCGCCGACAGGCCGUGGGUCUCAAUGUCUUCUGAAGGCGUCACCAUGGAAACUCGGGAGGUCUCGUCAGUUGACCAUGAUGAGGCCAAUGAUCCGAAUGUUGUCAGGGACGACGUGGGACUCCUCACUAACCUGUAGAAAGUAUCCAACCGAUCAAAACUAACUGUUUCAAAUAUGAUCAAAAUCAAUGAUAAAAUAUGAACAGAUGUAAUAUCUUACUUUAUAUAGUUCAAAACGCACAGUUUUUCAGUUGAUCUGAUAGGCUAGCCACUUCAAAACGAUACAAACGUUUGAUUUGAAGAUGUUUCGAUACUAAUAAAGCAAAGAUAUUUUUGAGGUGAUGGCGAAUAUCUGCAGCCUUGUUUUCUUCGAAGUGCAUCUUUGCUUUUCUGCUCUUACCUAACUUUCCCCAUUCCCAAAUGCAUUGCCAUUAAGUGAAAACUGAGUUCGGUGGGUUAUUCUCACUGCAAACGGUUUAGCUUAACAACACAGCUGAUUUCGAUGUAUCAUGAUAUACUUAAACCUUGAAUUAGAUUAGACGUUUUCCCAAUAUGUGAUAUAAUAGAUUAAUUAUCAUCUCUGUCGUUCACUUAACCCUAGCUGUUAGAAUAAAAAAUUAGAAUAUAUUUUCCUUCGAAAAUUAAACCCAGUUAAUUUCGCUCAAUCAUUUCUCGCUAUUUGACAAUAAAAAACGUAUUUUGACCUUGACUUUUAUAUUGGUUUGAAUACAGUUUAUAUUGUCAUUGGCUUGAGCAUCAUAGCGAGAAAUUAUCAGCCCUUUACUUAAACAAAGGCCAAAAGCCCGAAAUAUCGGAAUCUGUUUCGCGUUAUUGUUGAUGUUUCCGACUUUUAAUGGCUUUAAGUUGAAACCACCCCGGUGCUAAAAUCAGUUUUUAAUUUUGAGAUAAAUCUUUACCAUUAGCCGCAAAAUUUCUUAUUGUCUAGAAAUCUUAGAUAAAUUUUCAGUUGCAGAAACACCACCCCCUAAUUUCCGUAUCGCAAGUUAUAUUGGUUGCUUUGCUUCUUGACAUUAAAUAAGAAUUUAAAAAAAUUUUAAUAUGUGAAGUAUUACUUGAAGCGAUGUCAGCCAUUUGGUUGGUGAGAUUUUUCUACUUUGCGCUGCUUCCCAUUACAGAUUCGAAGUUGAAAUAUUGUAUACAAUAAAUCCGUCUUAUCAAAUAAUUUCCUCUUUCGAAUUUAAAUUUUUUCCUUCUGAA